AUGUCCUCGAGACAGUCAGAAACGAAUCGAUGGAGUGUCUUUGAUAUACCUAACAAAUUUGAAGAUCUUAAAUAUCAAAUAUCAUCUGCAUCAUAUUAUGUUCCAAAUGUACUUGAUUUAGCUGAAAUUAAUACACAACUCCAAAGUUGUGCACGUAUUCGUGAACCAAAUCAAAUUUUAGAUUAUUUUCCGUUGUUCUAUAGUAUUGCCAUUGAAUAUGGUCAAGUUCCAUCUGUUAGUCGACAUCAAGCUGCCGAUGCUCUCAUUCGAUUAACAAUAAGUGAAGCAGCUGAAGUACAACGUCGUUUGCAUCUUGGUUUAACUGGAGAUGAACGUCGAUUGCAUUUAAAUAUAAUUAAAAUGCUUUGUUGUUUAUUGGCUGAAUUUACUAUACGUGCUGAUAGUGAUAAUUCUCAAAAAGUAGAAGAACUUAUACCGAAAACACAAAAGAAAGGAAAAAAAGGGGAUCAAAGUUCUGAUAAUUUUACAAAUGAAUUAUUACGUGAUAAAUGUUUAAAAGCACUUGGCGAUGUGCUACGUGCUCAUAUUAGACCAUUAUGGGAACCAUCAAUUAUCGACGAACAAUUUGUUAAAACCGUUACUAAACCAUGUUACAACUUGUUACGAAAACAAGAUGUUCAUAAAAAUGCUGUUAUCAAAGAAAAUUUUCCAUUAAUUAUCGCUAUUAUGGUUGAUAAAUUUGGUCAUGCAAGAGAUGCCAGUAUACAAUUUAUCCAAGCAAUGCGUUUAUAUGAACAUAAUAAUAGUCUUCUUUUGAAUGCAUUGCAAGCACUUAUCAAAGAUUAUCAAGAUAAAGGACUGGCAAACGAAUUGCUCAAAGAAAUAUGUGAAACAAAUUUCGAAGCAUCAACAGAUAGUUCUGCAUUUAAAUCAAUGGCCACAUUUAUUACACAAAUAGCCGAACUGGAUCCGAAAAUUAUUCGUACACAUAUCGAUCUACUUCUUGAUUUAUUGACCGUUGAUGUUCAUCAUAUUCGAAUUGCUGUAUUAAUUGCAUUCGCACAUGUCAUUGAUAGAGAAUUAGUUCCGGUCGAUAGUCUUGAUGAUUCAGCUAAAAAACUUCGUGAUGAAUUAUUCCGUUGUUUAUCAGAUCAUGUUUAUGAUAGUAAUAGUUAUGUACGUACAAAUGCAUUACAAAUAUGGGCUGGACUUAUUCAAGGAAAAAAAGUACCCGUUAAACAAUUAAUUCAAGCAUUUGAAUUUGGUUUAUGUCGUCUAAGAGAUGCAGCAUGUCCAGUGAGAAAAGAAGCUGUGACGUUAGUUAUGCAUGUUAUACUGAGUAAUCCAUAUUUUGGAAUAGAUGUAACUCAUGCCGAUCUUGAAGAACAACGUAUAAAAACAGAAAAAGAAUUGGAAGAAUUACAAAAAAUUGUCAAUGAAAAAGAUAAAUCUGAUGAUGAUGAUGUUGAUGAAAAUGAAAUUGAUGAAAAAUCAAAAGAUACCAAAAAGUUAGUGAGACGUGAUGAUGACGAUGAUGAUCAAAAGAAGGAAGAUGCGGAAUUUAUUAUUCUCUCAUCGGAUGAAGAAAAUGAUGAUAAUAUUGUAAAUGAUAGUCGAACCAGUAAUAAUAUAAGUCAAAAUCAAUCAUAUGAAAUGAAAGAUGUUGACGAUAUAAAAGUCAAAAUUGAAAAAGAGAGUGGAGAAAAUGCAAUUAAUCAAUCAAUUCAUGAAGAUCUUGAACGUGUACAAAUACAACAAGAAAUUGAUAAAAAAAAAGAGUUAAUUGCAAUCUAUAAAGAUAGUAGUAUAUUUUUAAAUUAUAUUGGUCAAGCCAAUCGUAAAAUAGUUAAUUUAUUCAGUUCAUCAACAAUUCAAGAUUGUAAACAAGCAAUUGAAUUUUUUGUUUCAUUACGACAUUAUCGACAAACUAUACCAGAAUUAGAACAAAAUUUACGUGAUAUGUUUAGUUUAAUAUAUUCAAAUGAAACAUCUAUUAAAGAUGCAAUUAUUCAAGCAUUUAUUCGUGUUUACUUUGAUAUUAUUGGUACAGUUGAACGAGUUCAUGUACCAUUAUAUCAAGCUAAAAAUAUCAUUCGUGCACUGAAAGGUGCCACUUAUGCUGAAGAAUUAUGUUUUGAAGAAAUAUUAAAACAAUUAAUGAAAUCAAAUAGUGGAAUAACAGAUGAAUUUUUAAAAGCUUUAUGGCGUUUUUAUCAACUUCAGUCAAAUGAUGAUUCAGAUGUAAUUUCGGGAAAAGUAUUAUCGUUUAUAUCAACAGGAAAUCAAAUUUCAAACAAACUGAACGAUAUUAUUGAAAUUGCAUUUGUAACGAAAGCAAAAAACUUGAAUUUUGUUCAUAUAUCAUGCGUUUUAUUACAAAUGAUUGGUACAUGUAGAAAGACUGAAAAUGGUGUACGUCCAAAACCUUAUCGUUUAGCUAAGACACAUCGUUUAUUUGAAUUAUUAUCAAAAAUUAUUGUCGAAAAUUUUAAUGUAACAUCAAAUGAUAAAUGGACACCAAUGUUAGAAUCCGCCAUUGAUGUAAUAUUUAAAUUAGCUGAUAAUCCAAUUAAACAUGUUGAAAAUAUUGUUAAAAAAUUAGCGGCAAAAGCUGGAUUAAAAUUAGGAAAACAAAAUCAACAGCAGUCACAAACAACAAAUGAAGUUCCAUCUCAUGUAAUGGAUGAUUUUAACGAUCCAAUAUUAGAACCCGAUCAUCAAUCAAAUCCAUCACAGCGAACAAUUCUGACUGAUAUUUCAUCGUUAAUACUCACACGUUUUUUUAAUUGUUUGGGUAAAGUGGCGAUUGGUAUUCUCUACUAUAUUGAUUGUACAAUGAAAGAAGAAUUAUUAAGACGAAAAGAUUUAAAAGAAAGUGGUAAAACAAAUGAAAAACAAAAACAACAAUCAAUAAAAACAAAAACAAAACGUGGAAAAAAUAAACGAACACGUGAUAUGGAUGGUGAUGAGGCAUCUAUGAAUGAGACAUUGAACAUAUCAAUGUUAACUUCUAUUGCAUCAAAACAAAAUAUAGUAGAUGAAGUAGAUACUGAAAUGGAUCAAGUAUUUGGAGGUGCUGAAGCUGAAGAUCCAGUUGAAAAUGAAAUUACAAGUCAUAUACAAACAAUAUGUGAAAAAAAUUCAUUAUUAAUGCAAUAUGUUGAAUUAAUAUUACAUAUAAUUAGUCAUCAAAAUGUUUAUAAUGAUGAAUUAUUGCAGUUAAGUGCAAUUAUCUGUUUAUGUAAAUAUAUGUUAUUAUCAGUCGAUUUAUGUGACAGACAACUACAUACCAUAUUCCAUUUGUUAAAAAAUUCAUCACAUGAAAAUGUUCGUGUUACCAUUGUUGUUCUUAUGAAUGAUUUUUAUUUAAAAUAUCCAUUAGCACUUGCUUCCUAUUCCAGUGAUGUUUAUGGAUGCUUACGAGAUCGAUCGGUUAAUGUUCGUCUGGCAGCAUUGAAAACAAUAUCCAAUUUAAUAUUAAAAGAAAUGGUUAAACCAAAAGGUCAAAUAAGUGAAAUAGCCAUGUGUAUUAUUGAUGAACAUUCACAAAUAGCAUCAUUAGCUAUUUCAUUUUUUAUGGAAUUAUCUAAACGACAACAUGGUGAUGCUUUGUUUAAUAUAUUACCAGAUAUUUUGGGUAAUUUAGUUGGUGGUGGUGGUGAAAAUAGAAAUUUAAGUGAAGAAGAUUUUGAACGAAUAAUGGAAUUUUUAUUUAAAUUUAUACAUAAAGAACGUCAUACAGAAAGUUUAUCAGAAAAAUUAUGUCAACGUUUUCAUAAUGCAGAUAAUGAUCCACGUUUGUGGCGUGAUCUAGCCUAUAUAAUGUCCAAAUUAUCUUACAAUGAACGUGCACUAAAAUAUUUACUCGAUCAUUACAGUUGGUAUGCCGACAAAUUAGUUGACGACAAAGUAUAUGAAUAUUUCAAUGUUAUAUUAAAUUGUGGAAAAAAAUUAUUGACCACAAAACCAGAAUUAAAGGUUGUUAUAGAUGAACUUUCACUCAAAAUUGAACAGGCAAGAACCACAAAUGGUAUAUUGAUUGCUGUUCAACAAGCACAAAAAAUAAAACAAAAAGUCAAUGCUGGACGUGGUCGUGGUCGCGGUGGUCGAGGAGGUACAACACCAUCUCGAGCUGUUCGAUCAACACCACAACGAAAGCAGCAACAACGUCGUAAACAAAAAUAUUCAAGUUCAAGUUCAGAUGAAAAAGAAAAUAAUCAAGAUACAUCUGAAGUUGAUGAAAAAGAUUUUAUUCACAAAACAAAAAAACGUACAAAUCCAAGAACAAAAGUUAAAAAACGUGUAGACUCCGAUGAUGAAGACGAUAAUGAUUUUUAA